AAUUUAAAACGUGACAAUUAUUUAUACAUUUAUUCAGCGAAUCUAACCAGAAGUACAAUUUCACACGGAUUAAUGAAUAUAUAUUUAUUGAACUUAUUAAACUCUUAAGCAAUAAAUGCUAAUAAAAUAUAUAUUUCCCAUUGAUAAUUUCUCCUACUUGGAUAAAUUCGGGCCGUUGUUUGACGAUGACGUGGCCAACGGCAUUGAAAUAGAUCAGGCCCGUUUGUCGUAUUUAGAAAUGGGCCGUUGGUUGGGCCAUUCGAGAAGCAACUUAGGAACUUGCUUGUGACUUUCUCUGUCUCAUCUGCUCCAUACCACUUUUCCACUCUUCCAAACAGAAAAGUAAGAGAAAAAAAAAAUGGAGUGUCAAACUCGCUGGCUGAAGAUUCAGUUGUUAGUCAAAUGCCAAUUCCACAACUACCUCCAAUUACUCCACCAUCUCCAUUCUCAUGCUUUUCCUUUCAUGAAACUCAAACCCUAGCCCAACGCCAAUGUCCCGCUUCUGGUUCUUCUUCCUCAUUCUCCACGCACUGUUACUUCUAUGCUUGCCGGUCCCAUCGUUCUCCCAGAAAAACGGCAACGUAUCAUGCCCUCUCAACUUCACCGUCAUCCGGCAGCUGGCUUCAAACGCCGGCCGCCCCAAUUUGGAUGUCCCAACCACUUGCAGAUAUGUGAUUCAAAGCUUGAGGCUCGUCAAGUCCGUCUAUCUCCGGGCCACAAACAACUUUGCGCCUCCGUUGAACUCCGACGAGUCGUGCUGGUCUGCCUUCCAGCUCUUUCUUAACGAUUACGUUCGGAAUUUCGAUAUUCGAUCGUCGUGCGGAUUCCAGACCAGCUGGAUCUCCGAGGGCUGUAUGAACAUCAACAACAGGACGGAAUUCGAGCGCGUAGUUCCCAAAUCCAUGAUCGAUACUGUGGUCCAGAACUGUAACCAGUCGCUCGCUAAUGGCUCUCCUUGCGCUUCGUGCACUACAAGCUUGUCCAACCUUCAGGCUUCGUAUUUGACCGGACCUUCCGUCGGAAACGUAUCGGAUUGCACGGCGUUACCUUCGAUUUACGCUGGGGCUUUCGCGAAUUAUCUUGGACCCACAGAUUUAGGGACCGCCGAGUGUUUGUACUUGCUUCAAUUCACGUCCAAAAGCUCUAGUAAGAAUAAACUAAAGACUGUGAUUGUGGUCGUUGUGAUUUGUUGUGUUUCUGUAUUGUUGCUCGUAAUUGGUGGGUUCUGGUGGUGGAAGAAACGUCAGCGCUCUGAGAUGAAGAGGAGGAGACUGGGUAGUAGAGAGGUGGGAUUCGGUUCUGCAUUAGAGUCCAUUAGUGGAAGCACCAAUUUGGUUAAAUUCUCAUUCGAUGAGAUUAGGAAAGCGACUAGAAAUUUUUCUAGGGAUUAUAUCAUUGGUAGGGGAGGAUAUGGGAAUGUGUAUAAAGGGGUACUGGCAGAUGGUUCCGAAGUAGCUUUGAAGAGGUUCAAGAAUUGUUCCGCUGCUGGGGAUGCCAGUUUCGCUCAUGAGGUUGAGGUAAUUGCCAGUGUUAGACAUGUCAAUCUUGUUGCUUUGAGAGGCUAUUGUAUUGCCACAACUCCAAUGGAGGGUCAUCAGAGAAUCAUUGUGUGCGAUUUGAUGAAGAAUGGUAGUCUUCACGACCAUGUAUUUGGUUAUCAGGAGAAGAAACUUAGUUGGCCAAUUCGUCAGAAGAUUGCACUGGGGACCGCAAGAGGAUUGGCUUAUUUGCAUUAUGGGGCUCAACCUGGAAUUAUCCACAGAGACAUAAAAGCUAAUAAUAUACUUUUGGAUGAGAUGUUUGAAGCCAAGGUGGCGGAUUUUGGACUUGCAAAGUUCACACCUGAGGGAAUGACACAUUUGAGCACCAGGGUUGCUGGAACUAUGGGGUAUGUUGCCCCAGAGUACGCCUUGUAUGGACAGUUGACAGAGAGAAGUGAUGUGUAUAGCUUUGGUGUUGUGCUUCUUGAGCUUCUAAGUGGGAAGAAAGCACUUCUUGUUGGUAAUGAGGAUCAACCCUCCCUUGUGACUGAUUGGGCUUGGUCAUUAGUGCGCGAUGGCAGAGCUUUAGAUGUCAUUGAAGAUGAUAUGCCAGACAAAGGUCCACCUCAGGUUUUAGAGAAGUAUGUAUUAGUUGCAGUUCUUUGUUCUCAUCCGCAGUUGUAUGCUAGGCCAACAAUGGAUCAGGCUGUGAAAAUGUUGGAAACGGACAUGUCACUUCCCUCCAUUCCAGAACGGCCAAUUCCCCUGGUAGCUGAGCUUAGUGACAUUGAAAGAUCUGUGAGCACUAGCGGCUCGGGUACGCUCGUGAGUCCUAGAGGUUAUAGUUCAUAUACAUAUGAAAGUGAUCGCCCUUUGGAACUCAAGGAAGAAAGCCAAACUUCAGGUUCCCGAGUAGAAGAGCUGUCACAGUCGGAAGGGGCGAGUUCGGGCUCCAAUAUUGGAAGUCGGGGUUUGUAUAACUUGACGUGAGAGAUAAAUUGGUGGUGUUUGUUUUCACUCUCCACUAAUUUGUAUGCUUUGUUUGUUUCUUGGCUUACACGCAGGGAUGGACUUUGCAUCUCUCAUUGUACAGAUUAAGAUAGAUGCAUUAUAGAGUUGAUUCUUUGAAGUGAAAUAGUGCGAACUGGGUACAGAAUUUUUGCUGUUAGUUGAGAAUCAUUUCUUACUUAAGGAAACCAUUGUGUGUUUGGAAGCUUUAUGAUUUGCAAAUGCAAAGAUGCUAGCAUAGUAGUUGUACCAUAGCUCAUACCCUACUCCAGCUAGUAGGGUUGUAUGUAAUAGUUAUAUGCUACAUAUUCUUUUCUGUUUUUGUAAUUUUCGUGUCUCUUCUUAAGGAAAUUUUUAAGUAAUUAA